GGGGUGGUGGGAGGGGGAAGAUGUCGCCGUCACCCGCCUAACCCUCCCGUCCCCCCCCCCCAACCUCUUCCCCAGGAUGACAACUGGGGGGAGACCACCACGGUGGUGACGGGGACGUCGGAGCACAGCAUCUCGCACGAUGACAUCACCCGCAUCACCAAGGACAUGGAGGACAGCGCCCACCUGGACUGCACCCGCCACCUGGGCGUCUCGCUGGCGGGGGCCCUGGCCCUCCUCGCCUUCCUCACCCCCCUGGCCUUCAUGCUGCUGCCCCAGUUGCUGUGGCGGGAGGAGCUGGAGCCUUGCGGGACCCCCUGCGAGGGGCUCUUCAUCUCCGUGGCCUUCAAACUCCUCAUCCUCCUGUUGGGCAGUUGGGCCCUUUUCUUCCGGCGUCCCAAAGCCUUCUUCCCCCGCGUCUUCGUCUUCCGAGCUUUGCUCAUGGUGCUCGUCUUCCUCCUGGUGGUCUCCUACUGGCUUUUUUACGGCGUGCGGAUCCUGGAUUCGCGGGACCGGAACUACCAGGGGGUGGUCCAAUACGCCGUCUCGUUGGUGGACGCCCUGCUCUUCGUCCACUACUUGGCCGUGGUGCUGCUGGAGCUGCGGCAGCUCCAGCCCCAGUUCACCCUCAAGGCCGUGCGCUCGGCCGACGGGGCCAGCCGCUUCUACAACGUGGGUCACCUCAGGUAAGGAGCAAGGGGAGGG